GUAUGGAGAACAGCUUGAAGGGUUAGGAUGCUCCGGGAUGGGUCACGUGACGGAUACGCUCUGGAAUGCUGUUCUACACAGAUUAACUAAUGCUCGGAUUCUGGUUAUGGGAACCUCUGAAUCUAUUACAACCAAGAUCCAUGUUGAUCACAUGAUUGACAGCCUAGCUAAGUUCUGCCCUAAACUAGAGAGACUAGAGUUUAGAUGGGAUAAUGAUACUCUAAGGUUUUCGGAUAAGAAUCAGAAAGCUAUUGAUCUGUUGAGAACCAGAUGUUUAGCGUUGAAAUCUCUAGUUCUCUGUGAUGGACGACUUUAUGAGAUCAUGAAAGGAAACUUUGAAAGAGCGGACAGAAGGUCCGUGAUUCGAACAACAGCGAAUUCUCGUGUAACUCUUCACUAUCUUGUUCAAAACUUUGACGAACUUCUUUUCGGCUAAAUAGCUAACCAACAAGUUAAAUAAAUGGCUACAAAAUGUUCAUGAAAAUAUUUUGAGCCAGCUAAAAAACAACAAGUUAACUAACAAAUUAAAGAACAUUAACGGUUAGAUCAGCAACCUAACUAACUAGUUAAAGAAAUUAAUUCAAAUUUCUUUUGGUUAGUAAAAUUUUCAACAAGUUAACUAUCUAAUUAAAGGACGUUAAUAGUUUUCUCUCAGUUAGUUAGCUAAUCAAAAAACUAACUAACAGUUAGAGGACAUUGACGGCUUUUUUACGGUUGACUAGCUAAUGAAAAGAUAACUAUAUUGCUAUACAACUUGGAAGAUUUACCCAUCAUUCGACUAUUUAGCUUAUAUCAAGAUAACUAUAACAAAGCUACAGAACUUGGAAGAUUUACCCAUCAUUCGACUUUAUAGCUAAUAUCAAGAUAACUAUAUAGCUACAGAACUUGGAAGAUUUACCCAUCAUUCGACUAUAUAGCUUAUAUAAAGAUAACUAUAUGCUACAUAACUUUACCUAUCGAUUAACUAGCUAAACAACUAGUUAAAAAUAAAAUCUAGGAAACUUCAAUAAUAAAUACAUUUCUUGA